AUGGCGUCAAUCCACGACCGCUUCCAGGUCCCCACGGAUCCAGCCGUCAUCACGCCCUUCGAAGACGUCGACGACCCGCUCGCCGACGCUGACGUGCCGGUGGCCAGCAUCGAGCGCGACGACUCCUCGUACUACAUCUUCGGCCCGCCCUCGCAAUCCUCCGACGGCCGCUACACCACCCGCACCCGCAGCUCCAUCGGCGGACGCGGCCGGCGCUUCUCCAACCACACGCAGCUGACCGAGCCGUCGUCCAUCUCCGACAUGCCGUCCGACUGCUUCCCGCUCGAAAAGCAGAAGCGGUCGAUCGCAAAGGCAAUGCCGCCGACGACCACCGUCAUGGCCAUGGCCCGCACCAGCAGCCCCGCCAUCUCCCCCACCACCACGCACCGCGACAUCACCGCCUACCGCAACGGCGUCGCCUCUAAACCCAAGUCGCACCACCACUCUUCACGCCCCCGCCCGCGCCGCAACCACCACACGACGACCACCACCGCCAUCGACACCCCCACGCGCUUCCACCCCGAACCCACACCCACCUACUCCCCCUACCACUCCCGCACCCCCUCCUCCUCCUCUUCUCCCCACCGCGCCCCCCUCAUCCUCCUCCACGUCACCCUGCUCCCCUCGCCCGCCCUGCCGUAUCCACCGCACCUCCUGCGGCGCGUGCUGCCGCGGUCGACGAUGCGUGCGUACGCGCAGCUGGAAGAGCGGCUGGCAGACCCGGUGCUGAUGACGCGAGGGCUGCUGGUGGCGCAUCCGCGGGAGGAGAUGGAUGUGCUGGAGGAGCGCGUGCUGGAGGGGUUGGAGUUGAGGGCGCCGAGGGUGUUGAAGUGUGGGCAUUUUUAUCAUGUUGAUGACUAUGCCGACGACGAGGGGGAUGAGGAGGGGGGAAAGAAGAGGAGGGAUAGUGGGGUUGACGCCGAGGCGGAUGCUGAAGUCGAGGCUGAUGCGGCGGCGACGGCGGCAGUCGAGACCGACGCCUCCGCAGUCGAGACCGCCUCCGAGGCCGAAGAAGAAAUCACCUGCACCGAAUGCCACGCCCACCUCCCGCUCCCACCCGCCUCCUCCACCAGCGCUACAACCCGCUGGACAAUCAAGAUCUACGCCGCCAACGGCCUGCUCGCCGGGCCCGGCGCCUGGUCCGCCGCCUGGAGCGAGAUGGAACGCGUCGACGUCGCCAUCACGCCGUACCUCAGCCCCGCCCAGCACCGCGCGCUGCAAGCGGCCGUCCGCGAGGAGGAGCAAGCCGUUGCUGACGCUGCUGCUCGCGCGGCUGAGGAGCGCGCCGACGCCGACGCUGAGCGUGAUGCCCUACUCCGCGCCGCGGAAGAAGCGGGGAGAAGGGAGGCAGAGGCCGAGGCCGAGGCGCGUGCGGAAGAGGUGAGGAGGGAGGCGGAGGGAAGGCUGGAGGAGGCGGAGGCCCGUGCGGAGCAGAUGAGGAACGAGGCUGAGGAAAGGCUGGAGGCGGAGAGGAUGGAGGCUGAGGCGCGGCUGGAGGCAGAGAGGACUGAGGCUGAGGCGCGGCUGGAGGCGGAGAGAGUCGAAGCCGAGGAGAUGCGGAAAGAGGUCGAGGAGCGACUGGAGCUGGAGCGGAUGGAGGCCGAGGAAAGGCUGGAGGAAGAGAAGCAAGAGCGGCUGAGACUGAUUGGUAGUGCGGCCCUGGCGGCGGCGGCGGAGAGGAGGGCCGCGGAAGAGAGGGUCGAGGAGGCGAAGGUGCAGGCGGUCAGGGAGGAGCGGAAGAGGGUGAGGGAGGAGAGGGCACGCAGGGCGGCGGAGGCGGAGAAGGCGCGGAUGGAGGUCCCGCUUGCUACGUUGGUGCGCAGGGCGCUGUGGGUGGCGGCGGUGGAUUGGAGGAAUGUGCUUAUUGUGGUGUUGGGGGCGUGGCUGUGGAUGGUGGGCAGCGGUGCUGUUGUGCCGCAGGAGAUGGGGACGGAGCUGGAUGUCAGCGGCGUGUUCUUCGAUGCUGCUGUGUCGCCGUUCUUCGACAACGCCACGGUUGAACAGCAGUUCGAGGUCGUGCGCACCACCGAGACUGUUACCGCUACCGCUACCGCUACGCAGACGUCGACCGCCAUCGUUACGGCUUUCGUCCUCGAGACCCUGGCUCCUCAGGCUCUGGAGCAGUCUGCUUCUACGACAACUGCCGACCUUUCCGAACCGACGGAUACCCCCGACGCCGUCAACGACGAGUACAAAGACGCCGUCUUCGCCGCCACGACCGAGAUCCUCGCCUCCGCCUUCGAGAAGAUGGACGCCAUCAUCGCCGCCCUGGUCGAGGCUUACAAGAAGUCCGCCGACGAUGAGGACGCUUCUGCCGAGGCUCAGCCGCCGAGAACGGAUGUAUGCAGCACAAUUCCCGAGCUUGCUUACCCGACAUGUGCCGUCGACGAUGAAGUACUCGAUGUGGAGCAGGUUGAGGAAGACCCGAGGCCCAGGACGUGUGCGAACCGCGAGCUCGAGGUCGAGUAUUUCAAUCGUGCUGCUCCGACCUGCUCGGUUCACUUGGUCUGGGUGUGA